AUGCAUCUCAAAACCCUCCUCCUCACCCUAACCGCUACCCUCGCCGCCGCCGAACUGAUCGAAUACUGCCCCUUCGCGCAGGACAAGACGGGCAUGCUGCAGCACCCCUACUGCUGCGACAGCUACACGCCGUCGGCGGUGACCAGCCUGGCGGUGGAGGGGAAUAACUGCCAACAACUCACCGAGCCGGCAGCCAAGUGUCCUAAUGGCUUGGGGGUGAAGUGUUGUUAUACUAUUGGCCCGAAGUUUAUCUGUACGGCGGAUGGAGUGUUGGAGGAUGAUUAGAUGGGUUUUUAUUUGGUGUGGCAUGGUGGCUGUGGUUGUGGUUGUGGAUUUCUGGGGAUGGGGGCUGUGAUAAAUAGUGUCGGGUGUGAAUUGGGUGAUCAUUGGAAGGGGGGCGAUGAAUAGUGUGGUAUAAAAGUUCGGUUAAGGAUGCUGCUUGGAUAAGUUGAUGGAUCGAUUCGACUAAGGUAUGAGGAACUUUAAGAGAACAGGCUACUACUUGUGAGGGUUAGGGAUUCCCUUGACCGGCCAAUUGAAAUACAACUUGGUGAAAUAAUCGACUUUCAUAUUGCUGGAAUUC